CUUAAAAAACCCGACCCGACACCACCUGUGAUAGAGCCUGAGCCAGUAGCACCAGUAACUGUCACAGUAACCAGAACUGAAACUGUUGAAGUUAAGCAGAACGACGAAACUUUUGUUGAGCAAAAUUCUGAAAUCACCUCAUUUAUUCUUGAUUCUCCAGCUGGUCCACACAAGUAUUCUAAGUUUGACAGUAGUCCAGAGAUUGGUGGACCCGAUGACCAGACUCCUGAACAUAGUGAUGUGGAAUACAGUGACGGGGAAGUGUUGAUGGAACCAGAAGAGCCGGAGUUCGACCCAUCAACUGCCACGUGGGAGACCUUGACAGAAGAGCAAAAGCUACUUCUCUCGCCAGAUACAAAGAAACGUUUGGAAGACGAGUAUCAAACCCGAUUGAUAGCACAGUUGCCUAUUUAUUAUGCGUCUUUUAUGGGUUGUCGCAACGUUGCAGAAUUUGAUUGUGUGAAUAGAGUAGAAGAGGGAACUUUUGGUGUCGUAUACCGUGCAAAGAAUAAGCGAACAGACGAGAUUGUCGCUCUGAAAAGAUUGAAAAUUGAAAAGGAACGGGAAGGAUUCCCAAUUACUGCACUUCGUGAGAUCAACAUGCUGUUAAAGGCUGGAAAACAUGAGAAUAUAGUAAAUGUCAAAGAAAUCUUGAUUGGAAGUAAUGCGGAUAAAAUCUAUCUUGCUAUGGAGUUUGUUGAACAUGAUAUGAAAAAUCUCAUGGACACAAUGCAUAAGCGUGGAAAGCGAUUUAGUUUUGGUUAGGGAGCAGAAGACGCUGAUGAGGCAGUUGUUAUCGGGAUUGAAACAUCUUCAUGA